ACACGCACUUACUGCUGGUUUUAGCCAAACCUCAAAAACAGUCUGUCCUGAAAAGAUGUCAAAACGACAAAAGCGUUUUAAAUGACCGUGUGUGGUAUACCUGAAGAACUUAUUAUAUGAGAGUGACCUAGAACAACUAACAUUUAAGGACUGUUUUUGGUAUCAUUACAAAUUCCAAAAUGACCAAAAUAGUCAUUUAGAAAACUUGAAGAUGGCUGGAGCCCCUGGGGGUUCCAUGGACCAAGGGGUAGAAGUCAGGAAGUCCAAAAAAUCCAUUGUUUGCUCACUUGUCCGAUUUAAAAACAGAACAGAAAGAGGCGUUGACAUUAUUUGGUUAAACUAUGAAGGUGCAAGAGUGAAAUACAAGACUUUGCAAGCCUAUGAAUUUGUGGAUGUGAACACUUACGUAGGGCAUCCUUGGAUUUUCUUGGAUGUGGAAUCUGGUGAGAGACUGGUUGUUGACCUGAAAUCUGUGUAUGAGCCUACUACAGGAUGGGUACCAAGCCAGUGGCCGAUAAAACCAGUGCGAAAAGUUGUCAAUAUUACAAUUCCCAUUUACUCAUUAAAGGACUCCUGUAUAAGGUUUUUUAAAAAGCAUCUGCCGAAAAACAACAUCAACAAACUGGAUCUGCCGACUUCAUUGUUACAAGAAAUGUAUGAGAAAUAUGACACACCUGCAAUAGCCAGUGGACUGCGAUCAACUGCAAAAGUUAUUCCCCCUCCUGACCAAGAAGGAAUGAACUGAUGGAACCACCAAGGAAUGUGGAAAAUUUAAACAGAUGUUUUGUACAUUCGUUCUUAUUCAUUUCCUAUUUUGAAGAAAAGGAUUCAGGAAUUUCCAAUCUAUGUGUGCAAAAAUGCAUUGUAUUUUGUGCACACACAUUUAUAUAUAUUCAUUUGUGCUAGAGUGCUUUUAGAUUACAGAUAUUAUAAGAUAACCCUGAGAUGACUUCAUAAAAUUGUUCCCUUGCAUGUCAUUUACUCAUUGAUAUUCAACAUUCAUUUUUUACCCUCAAAACCAAAACAGCAUGGGAAGAUUUUAAAUCAUGUAAUUUUAAAACUAUAAAUAAUCUACUGAAAAUUUUUUACCAAAAUCAUUGCAGAAUGUGAUGAUUUAUAAAAUUAAUCUGAGGUUAAUGGUCACUAGUAUUAAUUAAGAACAGUACGCUAAACGUAGCCCACUGAUGACUAUGAAAUGUAUUUCAAGUAGGAAUGUGAAUCUUUUUAGGGGUAUACAUGUAUGUCAAGUACUGAGUAAAUAAUAUACCCUGGGUAGCUGUAUUUUUUGUGUUCAAGUGCAGUUUUACGUUAGAUUAUGUAACAAUUAAAAUUCAAAACCUGCUACAAGCAGUGUACAAUU